UUGCCUCUGAAGUCAGAAUGAAGUGGUGUAGCUUUUGUGGGAAGAGCCCAGCAGGUUGGUGGCAAUCACUUACUCCUAGUUGAGAUGUUCUGUCAGGGUGAGGUCCAGAGAUCAACUGGGUCAACUCUCUGUUGUCAAAAUAUUUAAAGUUCCCAGGGGAUGAGAAAUGUGUUCUGAGUGACACUUUCCUGAGAGAAAGGAGGAUUCCAGAGUCUGAAUCCUGAAGCUCCUCUCAACAUGGAUUCAAAAAGUCCUUCGCACUUGGGUCCCAAGUACCUCUACGUUAGUCUCUGGGACUUUGAGGCACGGACAGAGGAUGAGCUGAGCUUUCAGGCUGGGGACCUUUUUCACGUAACAGAGAAGAAGGAAGAUUGGUGGAAAGUGACAAAACUUGAUGCUGCUGGAAGGAGACUGGGGGAAGGCUACGUCCCUCACAAUUACUUAGCUGAACAAGAGACGAUGGAGACAGAACUAUGGUUUUUUGGGCAGAUCUCUCGUUCAGAAGCUCUGCAUAGGCUCCUUGCAGAAGAGAAUGGAACUGGCACCUUCCUCAUCAGGAUCAGUGAGAAGACAGGAGCAGACUAUGUUCUCUCAGUUCGGGACAACCACAUUGUGAGACACUACAAGAUUUGGAGGAAUGCUGAGGGGAGAUACCACAUGAAUUCAGCUAUGUCCUUCCCUGAUCUUGCUGGCCUAGUGGAGUAUCACAAAAGUAAGACUCUGUCCCAUGGCCUGAGGCUUGCCACACCCUGCUGGAAGCAUGAGUCAAAACCAUUGCCUCACUGGGAUGACUGGGAAAGACCCAGGGAGGAAUUUAGCCUGACCAGGAAGCUGGGCUCAGGAUACUUCGGGGAAGUCUUUGAAGGAUACUGGAAAGGGAAAGUCAAAGUGGCCAUUAAGGUCAUUGCUAAGGAUAACCUGAUGCAUCAGAAUACCUUCUACUCAGAGAUUGAGGCCAUGAAGAAGCUGCGCCACAAACACAUUCUCUCUUUGUAUGCUAUCUCUUCCACUGGGGACCCUGUCUACAUCAUCACUGAACUGAUGCUCAAAGGAAACCUUCUGGAACUCCUUCGAGACCCUGAAGGGGCAAAAUUGCCCACCACGGAGCUUGUGGACAUAGCAUCUCAAAUAUCAGAGGGCAUGUGCUACCUUGAGUCACAGAAUUAUAUUCACCGAGACCUGGCUGCCAGGAACAUCCUUGUGGGGGAAAAUAACACCUGCAAAGUGGGAGACUUUGGGCUGGCCCGCCUCAUCAAGGAUGAUAUUUACCUUUCCUAUGCACACAACAUCCCCUACAAAUGGACAGCACCAGAAGCCCUCUCCUAUGGAUGUUAUUCAACAAAAUCUGAUGUCUGGUCCUUUGGAAUUCUUCUCCAUGAAAUUUUCAGUGGUGGACAGAUACCUUAUCCAGGGAUGUCCAAUAAUGAGGCUCACAUGAAAGUCCUGGGUGGCUUUCGGAUGCUAUGCCCCACAAAGUGCCCAGCUUCCAUCUAUGACCUCAUGUAUAAAUGCUGGAAUCUGACUCCAGAAGAAAGACCCUCCUUUAAAAGCCUUAAAGAAAAACUCAUUAGCUUCACCAAUUAUGAAAACCCUCUCUGAAGUGGGGGUGGGCCUGAAAGACAUGCUUCAGGACGCUUCCUUACUUAGCACUAAAGUCCACCUGGAAUCCUGCAAGCAAGCUCAAUGGUCUCCCUUCCUCCGGAAUCAUGAACCUUGAGCAUGUAGAAGUUCCAUGGGGACUGUGUCUGAAGGCAACGUGGCCUAGUGGAAAGAGUGUUGCUGGACCUUGAGACAGAAGACCUGGAUUUGAGUCUGGGCUCCAACAUUCACUACUUGCACAGAUUUACAAGAAUUACUCCAUUUCUCUGGGCCUCAGUUUCUUCUCUGUAAAAUGGGAAUAAUAAUACUCAUGCUACCUCUCUUCAAGGGCUGUUGUGAGGAAAUCAUUUUUUAAACCUUAAAGCUCUAUCAAAAUGUCAGCUGCUGUGGUUGCUGCUGCCCCUUGUUCCGGCCCCAGCCCUUCCAGCUGGGGCUGUGUUGUGUGUGCAAAACAGAAAAGGUCACUUGAAGUAUAUAAAUGCACUGCGGUCAGAGCACAGCUGACCUUCAAAAGUGUCCAGAAGGCAAAGUGGUUGAUUGGUUUCUAUUUCAUUUACUAAAACUUUGCUGUUGUAAAAUGAGCAAAUUUCAUCUACAGUAAAACAUUAAGAACUCCUAGAUUCUUCCUCAAAUAGUCUCUAAGCCUAUACUUAUGAGAAACUCAGAAAAUAGAAGUUCAAGUUUUCUGAAGCUUUCCAUGCCCUUGGUCAAGAUUCAUAUAGAGGCCAUGUGGUGCAGUGAAAAAUGUGUUGGAUUGUUGCCAGAGGACCUGUCAUUUUGAGCAAGUCACCUAACCUUUCCAGACCUUAAUUUCCUCACAUGUAAAAGGAAAGGGGUCGGAUGUGAUGCCUCUCAGAUCCCUUCGUGCCCUAAUCUGAGCUGUAACUAUGCCAUACCAUCGUUCAUUUUGUUUGGAAGGGAUUAACUGGCCCUGGUGAGGGAAUCUUAGGAUAAAAUAAUAAAGCUGU